GGUAGCAUGUGAUUAUCGAAAGGAGACGUAGUGGCGAACUGCGGCGCAGGGCGCGAACUUUCUACCUUGAACGAGUUCUGAAGUAACCGCGAUGAAUUGGCGGGAGCGAACUUUAUUUUAGUUUCUCGUGAGGCAACGGGCUGGCAAGCAUUUAUGUGCGCCGGUAUGAGCAGCGAGCGCAAUGUUUAGCGAUAGUUACUUCCUCGUAUGACGUGCCAAGUUCCGAUAGCGUAACUGUGACAUCGAUUUCGUUACUUUGAUUACUGGUUUGAAUAAGUAACAUUCAUAGCUCAAAAUAUGGACGCACUACUAGUGACAUUCCUUAGGUUUUCUCGCUUCUCUUCGUGCUUUGUUCGCAUUCCCAAUAAAUGGGUCCGAGAAGCAACAUCUUCCAAUGAUGAGGUGGUCAUCUAUGAAUUGAAUUCUGUUGAAACAGCAUGCAAGGCCUUUGUUUCCUGGAACCUUGAAACAACGCAGGACGACUACAUAGAGAUAAAUGCCCAGUUUGCUGAACUGUGUGGUUUUCGUGAAGGUGAAGAGGUUACUGCUGAGAGAAGAGGCAAUGUCCACCGUGCAGAACAAGUGGCAGUGCAAACGUCGAGUCUUAGUGACUACGAAAAGCUUGUCGAAUGCAGUAGUUUUCUUGAAAGUCAUCUAAUGAAUCAAAUUCGAACAAUCUGGCCUGGCAUGAAAUUUCUUAUGUGGACAACACCUUCAUCCCCAAUUUUACUUGACGUUGUGUCUGCUGUGCCGGAUUGUAAGCCUAUUCUCCUCGUCAGGAACACAGUUGUGUCUGUAGUCCCAAGCACAGAAUCCCAAACAGUGCUUCCAAGUCAUUCUUCAACACCUAGAGCAUUGAGUGAAAGCACCAGCCUGCGCAGCUUUGCAUCCGCAGUUGGCUCUUUCCCCUCGUGGGUUUGGUCUUCGGUUUUGUCAAACCAAGUAGCAAGACGUUUGCAUCCACCUCUGCCUCAACAGCAAUCCGUCGAAUCCACACUCACUUGGCACGUCGAUGUGUGCUUCACUGCCAGGGUGAUCCCACGCAAGUUCUUCACGAUAGAGCCGCUACCUGCGCAUAACGUUGAAAAGCUGCUGUGUGAACAUCCUACUACGAUUUUUGUGUCGAGGUCACAACUUCACCUGUGUGAUUUAGGCAGCGAUGCCCAGUUGGCCUUGACUUUCAUUGCCAACAUUUCAAAGAUCGCCUCGCCUCAGGAGAAGCUGAAAAAAGCCGCUUUGGACUCAAAGGGUGACCCUUUGGGUUCACAACAACAAGCAACUGUGUUGCCCGAUCGUGAAAAUUGCUUUGUGAGAGUGUUUGCAGUUCCUACUGCAUGGACCGAUUUUAACUUGUUACAUGGCUCCAACUUGGCCCUUGUUCCCGAUGCCCUUCGACGGCAACUGGGACUGGACCAUGCUAGUAAAUUGAAGAUUAGGUCACUCUCAGCCUCCGAACAGCCUGUUGCAUUGAGGUCAAUCACCCUGCAUCCCAUAGGGAAUACGACUUUUACUGAAGGAAGUAUCGCCAGUGUCUUCCACUCAUGGUGUAGAGGCAUCUCAGCUUCUGGUUAUCCAGUUGUGCUUUCAUCGGGUGGUCUUUUGAGGCUGAAAUCUGGUGAACAUGGGGAACAAACAGACUUUCUGAUAAAGCUUUCUCAUCAAAACAGUGGUGCUGAAGACGUGGCAAAUGAUAACCAAAGCAUUGAAAGUGAAAUGAAGUACUGCUUCCUGAGCAAUUCAGCAUUAGUAACUGUCAACCUUGGGAAGGCUGUCAGAACUCUGCGUUCAAAUAAGUGCAUAUUGGUGCUCCCCGUGUCGAACAUCAGCCUUCUCAACCCAGAUCUUCAGGCUCCUAGGCUUGAAGAACUUGGUGGUGUGAAGGAGCUCUGCGAGAAAGGUCUGGCCUGGCUGAAGUUGCUGACGGCAGCACAGCCCACGGCAGUACAGUUGUGUGGCCAACAGCAACUUGUGGGAGAUGUGCUGCUAAUCACAGGCCAGCGUGGAAGUGGCAAGACAACACUUGCUAAGUCACUUGCCCUGUGCAUGCUUCAGUCCCCUCCAUUUGCCCACGUUGAAGUCAUCGAAUGCAGUUCAUUGAGGGGAAAGCGUCCUGAAAAGAUAGCCAAGAUGUGGGAAAACAUGGCUGCAGAGUGUUGCUUCAGAGAGCCUGUGGUGCUGGUUUUUGAUGACUUGGAUACGCUGGCUGGUGCUGUAGCAGGGCCUGAACAAGAGAAGAGUCCUGACGCCCUUUACUUCAACAAGGUAGCUGAUGCAUUCUUCAACACGCUUGCCGCACUGAGGGACUCGUGCACCAGAGUGGCUGUCAUCGUCACAGGUCGCUCGAGAGAGGCCUUUAACACUCGUCUCACUGCGAGCCAUGGACAGCAUGUGUUCUACACAGUGCUUGCCAUCCCACCUCCAAACAAGGCGGAGCGCGAGGAGAUUCUCAGGUGUCUGGUGAGCAUGAGGCCACACCUCAGCAACAGUCAGUUUGACUACAGCAAGGUGGCCCACCAGACAGAAGGCUGCUAUGCUAAAGACCUUGCAGCCAUACUGGACAGAGCGACGCAUGCCUUUUACGCAGACACAGCAGGGGACACCACAUCCACGACAGCCAUGAAUGGUUUAGAAAGAGAGAUCAUUCUCUUGGACGACCACUUUGAGUCCGUCUUGGAAGAGUACUGUCCAACGUCCCUCAGAGGCCUGAACCUGAGGGCAGAGCACACCUUGCACUGGCGAGAUGCUGGUGGCUUGGAUGAUGUGAAGAAAACACUGCAAGAGGUCUUCCUCUGGCCUACAAAGUACCCUGAGCUGUUUGCCAACAGUCCCAUUCGUCCGCUGUCUGGCCUGCUGUUGUAUGGAGCCCCUGGGACAGGCAAGACACUUCUUGCUGGCAUAGUAGCUUCAGAAUGUGCUGUCAACUUCAUCAGCAUAAAGGGGCCAGAGCUAUUGUCAAAGUAUAUUGGUGCCAGUGAACAGGCUGUUAGGAAUGUUUUCCAAAGAGCUCAUAGUGCGAAGCCCUGCAUCAUCUUUUUUGACGAAUUUGACUCCAUUGCACCGAGGAGAGGUCACGACAGUACAGGGGUUACCGAUCGUGUUGUUAAUCAGCUGCUUACAUUGCUUGAUGGUGUGGAAACAAGCACUGGUGUGUAUGUGCUGGCUGCAACUAGUAGGCCUGACCUCAUUGAUCCAGCACUGCUUCGACCUGGCCGUUUGGACAAGUGCCUUCACUGCCCACUGCCAAAUACGGCGGAGCGUGCCAGCAUUCUGUCGGCUUUGAGCCGCAAGCUUCUCCUGGCUGACGACGUGGACCUGGAGUCCGUGGCGGCGCGCACCGAGCACUUCUCCGGCGCCGACUUGCAGGCACUGCUGUACACGGCGCAGCUGGAAGUCGUCCACGAGGUCUUCCCCGAAGACGAGCUCCAAGGAGACAGCCCGGGCCGACGCUUCGACUAUUCGUGGUCGUCGGACGACUCACCGGUCCUCGGAGAGUCCGAGUUCUUCUACGCCCCUUCGGUCAGCCAGGGCCCCACGGAGCCCGUACCCGACAAGGCGCGCCAGCUACAGCAGGAGGUAAGCGCUCUCUCCGAGAACUUGUUGGGCCAGGGUCCGAGAAGGCAACAGCACCGCCGAUCUCGGAGGGACAGCACCGCCCUGGCGCUGAGCAUCCAUCAGCGGCACUUGGAACAGGCACUCACCAACACCUCCGCCUCCAUCUCAGCCGUCGAGAGGACCAAGUUCGACACCAUAUACUCUCUCUUCCGAUCGGGUGCAUCACUCGCCGAGCUUCGAAUGGCAGCCGGACAGCGCGUCACGUUGGCCUGAACGACGUCCUCUUGGAGCCAUCUUCUGAUCUCGUUCACCG